CUUGUGUGGCAGCGGACAACCUCUGGAGCGAUGAGACAGACAGAAGAGUGGGCACAGCCAGGUCACUGCCCGGGCACGUAUAUUCCAUACACCUCAUCUGUAGGGCAGACACAGGGGCACAGCAUGAGUGUCUGGCAGCUGUGACCUACCAGUGCCCGGCCGUAUCACUGCACAGCCCUCCCCCAGCUCUGACAAGUGAGGCCCCAGGCAGAGAAGCUCAGAGGGAUGGUGGUAGUUUCGGGGCAGUUUGAAGACAGAGGGACCCCGGAUGAUGCCAUGUCGAGCUCUGAUGCUGAAGAUGAGCUGAUCGAUCCAGCCACACCCACUCCGGGCAGUGCCACCUUCUCCCUGGACGGAAAGCUGCCCACGCUGCAGCUUCCGGAAGUCAUUCCGCUCAGUGUGGGAGGGAUGUGCUUCACCACCAGGCUGUCUACUCUUCAGAGGUAUGAAGACACCAUGCUGGCUGCCAUGUUUAGUGGACGCCAUCACAUUCCAACAGAUGCCGAGGGCAGAUACUUUAUUGACAGAGAUGGAACAUACUUUGGAGACAUAUUAAACUUUUUGCGCUGUGGUGAGCUGCCCCCACAAAACCGUGUCAAAAUGGUGUACAAAGAGGCUCAAUACUAUUCAAUCGGGCCACUGCUUGACCUUCUGGACAAGAUGCAGCCACUUACUGGGGAGAAAGUGAGGCAAGCAUUUCUGGGGUUAAUGCCUUAUUAUAGAGAUCACUUGGAGCGAAUUAUUGAGAUCGGAAAACUUCGAGCCAUACAGAGGAAGGCCAGGUUUGCCAAGCUGAAAGUGUGCGUCUUCAAGGAAGAGAUGCCCAUUACUCCUUACGAGUGCCCACAAUUCAACACAUUACGUUUUGAGAGGAGUGAGAGUGAAUCCAAUCACUUUGAGCAUCACUGUGACGUAGAUGUGUCUUUUGGGCCCUGGGAAGCAGUGGCUGAUGUGUAUGACCUUCUCCACUGCAUUGUCAGUGAUCUCUCUGACAGAGGCAUCUCUGUGGAGCACCAGUGCAUUGGAGUGUGUGAUAAGCAUCUUGUUAACCACUAUUAUUGCAAGCGCCCUAUCUAUGAAUUCAAAAUUACUUGGUGGUGAGCGUUUAAUGCUGUCAGGCAAGGCACAGGACCAAAUAUCUGGUUGCACGACCAAUGGUUGCAUGACCAAAUAGCUAGGAAGUAGCACUGCAGAUGUGGCGUUGGCUGUUACCACCAUCUGUUAGCUAUGGCGUAAGAGCUGAUUGCGCUUAUAUCCCACAAUUUGGGACUAUUGCUCUAAUAGAACAUUGACUGAGCUAUUAUUUCUAUGGGGUUAAAGAGUGCAUUGAAUGGUCAGAGAGGUCUAGCUCCUUUGCAGCACACAACUAAAUGUAGAAUUAUGUAGGGUAGUACAGGAGAAUAAUAUUCCUAGAAUGUAAGGCAUUACACUGAUUGAGAUACCAUAUAGAAGAUAAAAAAUGCCCAGAAUAUUCCUUCUCCUAAUCAAUGACUGUGUAUUUAUCAUUAUUUUCAGAGACCUUUCUGUCCACUAAUAACUAUAUUUAUAAUUAUUUUAAGUAAUGGUUUUACAUUUAAAUAGUGUUCUAUUUAUUUCUUGCAUUAUAUUAAUGUAUUUUGUCUGCAGUAAUUGAUUAUUUAUGUAAAAAAUAAAAAACUGCU